UAUCGGGCUCGGUGUUCUACUUGUUCCCUAUAUACCUUUAAAGUAAAAUGGCCAAGGAAAAGAAAAAUUUUGAUCUGAAAGAAUACCCAUUUUCCACGGAAGAAAUUCCAAGACUUAAUAUAGACAAUCCAGAGACAGAAAAACGUAUUGCAGCUGGGCUACCAGUUGUGAUCACAGAUUCUGGUUUAGUGCGGUCAGCGUUGCAUUGGGACUUAGAUUAUCUGCAAGGAAACAUUGGAGAUGGAAAAUUCACUGUGUACAAGUCAAAGAACAAAAGAUUUCAGUAUUUUGAUGAUAAAAAAGUUGACACUUUCAAGGAUUUUGAAAAACCUAUGGAACAUUUGGAUUUAACCUUUCCAGAGUUUGUCAAAAAAUUAAAGACAGCAAAACCUGGGAAAGACAAGGUGUAUUUGCAACAAGCUCUAAAUGAAGGUGUUGGUAAGAGGAUUGUCGCAGAUUUUCUUGGAUUUAAUUGGAGCUGGGUAACGGAGCAGCAGAAGAAAAACAAGUUUGGAGCCCUCACCUCAAAUCUUCUCCUCAUUGGGAUGGAAGGGAACGUAACUCCUGCCCAUUAUGAUGAACAGGAGAACUUCUUUGCACAGAUACGAGGAUACAAGAGGUUCAUCUUGUUUCAUCCAGACCAGUUUAAGUGCAUGUAUCCUUAUCCAACCUACCACCCAUGUGAUAGGCAAAGCCAGGUUGAUUUUGAUAAUCCAGAUUACAAGAGAUUUCCAAAGUUUAAGGAUGUUAAGGGAUACGAAACAGUGGUUGGUCCCGGUGAUGUGCUGUUUUUGCCAAUGUACUGGUGGCACCAAGUGGAAUCUCUCCCUGACCACGGGCACACAAUAUCUGUGACCUUCUGGUACAAGGCUGGACCCAUUGGGAACGUUGUCUAUCCCCUUUCUCCACAACAGAAGGUGUCCAUGAUGAGAAACCUGGAGAAAAUGAUUCAUCAGGCCCUGAAUAACACUGAUGAGAUUCCAGAAUUCAUGCAGAACAUGAAUUUUGAUGAACAGUUGGCGACUGUCUCGUCCCUAACAUCUGAAACAUGUACCCUAAAGAACCAGACAAAUGACGAGACCAAACCAACUACAAAGCGCACAUGGCACCGCAGUAGAGUGUGGCGCAAGGACGACCCACAAACUAAACUUGGGGGAGAUCCCAGGGUUAAAGACCUUCCCAACCGGCCAACAAAGGUCAAGGUCGAUAAUGUUGAUGAACAGUUGGCGACCGUCUCGUGCCAUACCGCUCAUACCUCACAGAACCGGACACGCGAUGAGACCAAGCCAAAUAAAAAGCGCACAUGGUACCCCAAUAGAGUGUGGCGUAAGAACGACCCACAAACACAGGUUGGCGAAGACCCCAGAGCCAAAGACCUUUCUAACCAACGAACAAUGGCCAAGGUCGAUACCGAGCCAAAUAAAAACCGCACAUGGUACUGCAAUAGAGUGUGGCGCAAGGACGACCCACAAACUAAGCUUGGAGACCCCUGGGUCAAGGACGUUCCUGAAAAACCAACAAAGGUCAAGGUCGAUUCUGGUCCGCGAACGUGGCUCUAUAACAGAAUAUGGCGGAGAGACUUUGUCUGGAAGAAAGAGCAUCCCAAGAAAUCAUGCUGUGAUUCUUCACAGGGGGUUGUACCGACCAGUAAAACCGCGCCCACCACUGCAUCUAUCAGCAAAACCACGUCCAAUUCUGCUCCUAUCAGCAAUGCCGCGCCCACUACCGCCUCUACGUCAAAAUCAGUGACAAGUCUGUCCUUGGCUCCAACUUCUGGAGCGGCUGUGUCAGAGACAAGCUCCAUCUACGCACACCGUGAGAAGGUUGUCUCCAAAACUGUGACAGAUUCAAAAAAGAAGACAGUUACAACCAUUUCCAAUACCGAUAAUGGUGAAGUGACAAUUUUCAAUGACAAUCUUGGCUGUCAUGCCAAGAUGGCGUCUAUCACUGCCACCCCUUGCUCUCCUCCUCUCAAAACCCGCCAGUCUUCCCCAUCGGCAGAAGAAAAAGAGGUAAAUAUCCAAGUCCGAUCAUAA